AUGGAUAAUGAACAUGGCUUUGUCAGUCCGCAGGACAUGUUGGUGCCGCUCAACGAUGUCGAUCCUCACCCGCUGAAGGAUCCAGAUCACGCGGUCAGAGCGACCAUCUCCGAUCAGACAGCAGAUACAACCACCUCUACCGCAAAGGUAGCCGAGCUCCAUGCGCUUGCCAGCCGGCCCGACAAACACCAUAUGGAGCCCAUCAAUGUCUCCACCCGCCUUUCGGGGGCAUCAAAUUCGGAUCGCGAUAUCACGGUACCUCUUAACGACCUCUCUUUCGCUACAUAUGCCAUGCCGAAAGCUUCGCAGACUGUCAGCAAGAUCACCCAACGCCAAUCAACGCCGUAUCGCUCGCGUCGUACUUCGAAAACAAGCGAGCGCAGCGGGGAUCUUUCAUUGGAGAGUGCGAGGAACCAGACGGAGGAUGAUGAGGCUGAUAAUCAGGUCGGGCGGAAAGAAGAACAUCCUCUCGGCACGGCACCAGUGGAUGAUACCUGGUCGGUUGCUGUAUCAUUCCCCUCGCCGCCUGUCACACCGAAUCACAACAUAGCCGUCCACCCGCUUGCAGAUACAGGCGCCACCCGAUUGCCUGAAAUGACCGUCACCAGACCCUUGACCCCCAGGCCUAAACAACGAGAGGUGUUUUCUACACGUGGUUCCUCGGAGUUGGGUCUCAGUGGCGCCCUCGUCAAUCGUCCUCGAGAAAUACCGAAUGUCGACAAAGAGAAUGAGCAUUCAUCAGGGAGGUCGUCGACAGACUUUUGGAAGACGGAGGACAGCUGGACAGACCCUUUCGGAUUUUGGCUUCUGUGCCAUCACGUCACAUCAAGAUUCACCGGGCCUUAUCACACAUCUGUACCUGCUCGCCAUCUCGUUCAGCGAUGUCCUACACCUCCCUCGUUCUCUUCGAUGUCGUAUCGCAAUUCCGAGGCUUCCAAUCUGUCCACGGAGGUCAGCAGUCAGCAGCCUAGUAGCCCUGUCGAGACCGGCUGGAAGGGAGCGCAGGUCUUGGCGAGGAUGGAAGGGAAGGUGGAUCAAGGCUUUUCGCAAAGGCAAGGGGCAAAAGAGUUGUUCAAAAAGCGGAGGGGGAACAAGAGGGCGUCCAGGGUAUGCCGGAAGAGGAGGACGUCGAGCAUUGAUCUCUCUGAUGACGAGGGGUCGGAGAGGGCAAAGAGGAUAAUACACUAUGAGGAUCUGAGGAUGAACCAUCAGCUGGCGGUGGAGGAGGUAUGGGAUUGA